CCGCUCCCAAUCUCGCCUGCUCGCCGCCUGCCGCGCCGCCAGACGCCAAGGAGCCGCCCUGCCGGCCCCACUCGCCGGGCGCCACCUCGCCCGCCCCGCCCCUGCCAGCCGGUGCCCGCCUCCCAAUCCGCACUCGGCAGCAACCCUGCCCGGCGGCCGGCGGUGUGCAGCGUGCAGGCGUGUAGCUGCUGCGGCCAGCCGGAUUUGAGUGACAAAGAGCAAUUGUGCUCCCAGGAAUAUGGCACUUCUUCUGGAAGCAGUACUGACAGUAUAUCGAGUCUGCUUCCUCCCUUCCGAUGGCGACCGCUGCCGUGCCCGACGACGCCGUGCUCUUUGCCGGCGUGUCCCUCGUGCUGGGCGCCGCCUGCCGCCACCUCCUCGACGGCACGCGCGUCCCCUACACCAUCGCCCUCCUUGUCCUCGGUGUCGCCCUAGGGUCAUUAGUCUGACAGUUUGGUUUGUAAAUACUGUUCAACAUCCAGAGUACGGGACAAAAGACGGUCUAGGCAAACUUGGAGCUGGCAUGCGUAUCUGGGCUAACAUAAAUCCUGAUCUUCUCCUGGCUGCUUUCCUUCCGGCCCUUUUGUUUGAGAGUGCCUUCUCAAUGGAAGCACACCAGAUAAAGAAAUGCAUGGCGCAGAUGCUCUUACUUGCUGGUCCUGGUGUACUAAUGUCAACAUUUUUGCUUGGCACUGCUCUCAAGCUUACUUCUCCAUAUGAUUGGAACUGGGAAACAUCAUUGUUGCUUGGUGGUCUGCUUAGUGCCACUGAUCCUGUGGCCAUGGUUGCAGUUCUAAAAGAGCUUGGAACAAGUAAAAAGCUCAGUACGAUUAUUGAGGGAGAAUCCUUGAUGAACGAUGGGGUUUCUGUUGUUGUCUAUCAGUUAUUCUUACAAAUGGUGCUCGGAAGAAGCUUCAAUACAGGGUCUAUAUUGAUGUUCUUAUCGGAAGUUUCACUUGGAGCUGUUGCUCUGGGCCUUGCAUUUGCAAUCAUAUCUUUACUAUGGCUUGGCUUUACUUUCAAUGAUACAAUCUUGGAGAUGACGCUAACUCUUGCUGUCAGCUAUAUUGCUUUCUAUACUGUGCAAGAUGCACUGAAGUACUCUGGUAUUUUGACCGUCACAGCUUUGGGAAUGUUCUAUGCAGCUUUUGCAAAAACUACUUUUAAGGGCGACAAUCGCCGAAGUUUGCAUGAUUUCUGGGAAAUAGUUGCUUACAUUGCGAACACACUUAUUUUCAUACUGAGUGGGGUUAUUAUUGCAGAUGGCGUGCUAAGACAUAAUGUCCAUUUUGAGAGGCACGGCACUUCAUGGGGGUUUCUUCUUCUGCUCUAUUUCUAUGUACAAAUGGCACGGGCUGCAGUUGUCGGUGCUCUGUAUCUUUUGUUGCGCUACUUUGGGUAUGGUUUGGACUUAAAAGAAGCCAUAAUUAUUGUUUGGUCUGGGCUGCGAGGUGCUGUUUCCCUAUCAUUAGCGCUGUCUGUUAAACGUGCUAGUGAUACAGCUCAACCUUUUCUGAAACCAGAAGUCGGAACAAUGUUUGUGUUCUUCACUGGCGGCAUCGUGUUUCUGACACUAAUAUUGAAUGGUUCUACCACACAAUUUUUGUUGCACGCACUUGGUAUGGACAACCUGUCAGUAACAAAGCUUCGCAUGUUGAAUUAUACUAGACAUGAAAUUCUAAACAAUACAUUAGAAGCUUUUGGUGAUCUCAAAGAUGAUGAGGAGCUUGGUCCUGCUGACUGGGUUACAGUUAAGAAAUAUAUCACAGGCUUGAGUAACUUGGAAGAUGAACAUGCACAUCCACAUGAUGACAAUCAUGAUCACGUACAUACCAUGAAUUUAAAGGAUGGUCGAGUGCGUCUUUUGAAUGGUGUGCAAGCCAGUUACUGGGCAAUGCUUGACCAGGGACAGAUAACUCAAGCUACAGCAAAUAUUUUGAUGCGAUCAGUUGAUGAAGCUAUGGAUCUUGUUUCUAGCCGACCAUUAUGCGAUUGGAACAGUUUGCAGUCCAGUGUCCAUUUCCCAAGUUACUAUAGGUUCCUUUCUGCAAGCAUGUUACCACAAAGUUUUAUCACAUACUUCACAGUACAAAGAUUGGAGUCAGGAUGUUACAUCUGUGCUGCAUUUCUUCGUGCUCAUAGAAUUGCAAGGAGACAACUACAAGAUUUUCUUGGUGAUAGUGAGAUUGCAAAAAUUGUUAUUGAUGAAAGUAAUGCUGGGGGAGAGGAAGCUAGGAAGUUCUUGGAAGAAGUUCGCUGUACAUUCCCUCAGCUUCUUUGUGUGCUAAAGACUCGACAAGUAACAUAUGCUGUAUUGACACACUUGAGUGAGAAUGUUCAAAACCUAUGGAAGACUGGGUUACUGGAAGAAAAAGAAAUGGCACAUCUGGAUGAUGCUUGGCAGACAGACCUGAAGAAGCUUAAGAGGAAUCCACAAUUAGUGAAAAUGCCAAGAGUUGGCGAUCUUUUAGGCACUCAUCCAUUAGUCGGCAUGCUGCCUGCUGCUGUGCGUGCUCCUUUGUUAAGCAAUACAAAAGAAAAAGUAAAAGGGCAUGGUGCAGCCCUAUAUAUGGAAGGCUCAAGAGCAACUGGUAUAUGGAUUGUUUCGAUCGGAGCAGUAAAGUGGAGAAGUCAGAGGCUAAGCAGCAGGCAUUCUUUGCACCCAAUUUUCCCACAUGGAAGCACUUUGGGUCUAUACGAGGUGCUAACAGGAAAGUCUUGUUUCUGUGACAUGAUUACAGAUUCUCUCGUGCGCUGUUUCUUUAUUGAAGCUGAAAAGAUAGAUCAAUUGCGUCGGUCAGAUCCUUCUGUUGAGGCUUUUCUGUGGCAGGAAAGUGCUGCAGUCAUUGCUAAGCUCUUGAUCCCACGUGUGUUCGAGAAAAUGACAAUGCAAGAGACGCGGCUUCUCGUCAGCACAGGAUCUACUAUGAACUUGUACACCAAGGGUGAAGACAUCAUGCUCGAGCAUAAUUACAUCGGCAUCUUACUAGAAGGAACUUUGAAGGCGGAGAACCAAAACAGCAUCUUACCUCCAGGAGUGCUGCUGCCAUCAAACAUGGACCUGGAGUUACUUGGUCUGGAGUCUUCAGCUAUGAACCGUAUGGACAGUUGCUACGCAGCAGACAGCUAUCAGGUGGAAGCCCAAGCUAGAGUUCUCAUCUUCGAAGUAGGGAGGCUGUUCACGGAGGCCAAUGGGCAGAGGAACCAGCCGGGUGGUAGCUUCUCUGCUGAAGCCUUGCAGCUCAGCGUGGAAGAAUCCACUGGAGAAGAACAAGUCAUCAUUACCGUCGACUCUCCGAACAAGCUGCCCUUGGGUGAUUCAUCAGCUGGCUCAUCAUCUGGCGUGACGCGAGGCAGCUGAUGGGAUCUUGUGCGAAUAUAGUAGCGUGCUUGAUGGAGUAGCAAUCAUGAAAUUGACCUCUCUUUUUGAGAAACUUGGCUUUAUUACUUGCUGGUGUAACUAAAUCGCCGGUAACCAUAAAUAGAGUGUACAAAGUUGGGUAUUGUCAUCAUGCCAUUUGACAUCGCUGGGUGUCAUACAAGCAACGUAAUUACAGAUAAGAGAUGCUGAAGGUGAUAGUCAUGAAAUUAGCUUUAUGGACCGAAAUAGGAUUUGGGACGCUCUCAGUUUUGUUUAAAAGAGCGCGUCGCUGCAACCAUUCAAUCACGUUAUAUUCAGCUUUUUUUGCUACAUUGGCCAAGAGUUGGUGUUCACA